AUGUGGGAUCGUGGUCUUAGCGUUUCAAAUGUUGCUUUCAUUAACUUUCCAAGUAAUCAAACACGUGCGAUUUUUGGACCAACCAUCCUCGAUCGAUGUACCGAUCGUUGUGGAGGCUGGCUGAUAAAAUUUUCGAACAUAUCAUUCGAUAAUGUUUUGGUUCGUGGCAAGUUUCGAUGGGAAUACGAUGCUGUCUAUCAUGAUCAAGACGGUACUUUGAGUGGACAACCAGAAUCAGUAAUCAUGGCACCUGAUGGUCUAACUAAUGUAUCAACAAGUUGUGCAAUAGCACCUUAUUUCGAAAAUGCUAUUCAAUGUCCUCUUUCACAAGGUUCAUGGUUACGAUUCUCAUUUCGCGAAUUAUUAGAAAGAUCACAAGGUCGACUAUUCAUAUUUGAUGCAGCAAACACGUCUAGUACUAUUGUGCCAUGGCUUCGAGAGCAGUUAACUUUUCCCAAUGGAUACUUGACAGUAUUGAGAGCCAAUCAAACUUACACACUUCAGUUUGAAGUACUUUCUAGCGUUCGAUAUCUGCACUAUAAUGGCGUUAUUUAUGACGUUAGUCCAGGUGACUAUGCAAUCAUUCAACAUCCAUUGAGCGUUGUUCCAUAUAGAGCUAAUACUACAGCCAAUCGAACCAUGAUUCUAGGCUCUAUGAUGCCACUAUCCGGAUCGACCAGUAAUAAUGGUGAUUGGUAUUAUGACAAUGCUGCUUCUCUAUUCUCCUAUAUCGUUAAAAAUCCGCCAACAGCUAACACAAGUAUUGAUAUAGAACUAUCAUUUCAAGUAUAUAUAUGUCCUUGCAAUGGAUGUGCAUGCCCACCGCCUCCAACCACUACCACCACAACAGCAACAACAGCUACAACAACAACAGCAACAACGGCCACAACUACGAGCGCUACGACAACUACAACAACAUCCGCUACAACAACAACGACUACGUCGGCUACAACAACUACAACAACAUCGGCUACAACUACGACGACAACAUCCGCUACAACAACUACAGCUACAACAACUACAACAACGACAGCGACAACCGCCACCACAAGUACAACAACGUCUACAAUCUAUCUAUCUCCAAUACAGCCUUGUAUGGAAUUACCAACAAAUCCACAAGUGGGACGAAAUCAUAUUAUGUCAGUUGACACCAUCGUUAUUAAUGGUGGACGAUUGAUUGCUGGUUUACCUACCGCACCGUUCAAUGGUAAUAUCGACAUAAUCAUGACGAAUAGUGGAUCACCAACCAUACAAAUGCCUCAAAAUUUUCCAGAUAUGACACCUAAAAUGAUCGGAGUUCUUGGUGGACUUGACUUACAUGGUACUCCACGUGGAAUUACUUGGACGUUUCUUGGUAUUACAGCUACAGCGGGUCAGAAUGUGAUUACUCUGCGUCAACCAGUUAACUGGAUUGUCGGUGAUGAAAUCAUCAUUACAACCACUGACACAAGCAUCUAUCAUACUGAACGACACCGUAUUGCUAGAAUACAGAAUGGAACAGUAAUAUAUACUAUAAUACCCCUUGCUUAUACCCAUAUUGUCAUUCAACGUUCAUUUGCUAAUGGUCAAGUGGUAAACGUUGCCGCUGCCGUUGGAUUGCUAACACAUAAUGUACGCGUUAUUAAUCAAAAUCCAGGAUCUGUUCUAUCUGGAUUCAAAAUUUUGGUUACAGAAUAUCAUACAAAUGUCUGGCAUAUUCACACUAAUACUUUUUACGACACUUGCUACAAAGGCUAUGCUCGAUUAUCGAAUACUCAAUUUAUAGGAUUUGCACAGUUCGAUGAUAGCUACCUGAGUGAUUCAAAAUCAGGGAUAUAUAUGAAUCGUCUUGGUGAUUACAAUGCGUGGCGACCAACUUUUAUCGAUGCUUGCUCAUUUGACAGUGGCUUCAAUGCAGUUGUUGGCAUGCAAAGCACCAAUGGCAUCCCUAUCACAAACAAUGUUAUCUACAAUACCUAUAGGUCCGCUCUUGUUCUUACUGGAACUAACAAUCUCGUACAAAAUAAUCUUGUUGCAAAAGUUUACUGGACAGGAACAGGUCAAAUACCAUCCGUUGCUGAAUUUAAUAUGAAUAAUGAUGGUGCGAUUAUGACUCGUGAUGUUGUUAGCGUGAGAUUGCUGGAUAAUAUGGUUGCUGGUACUGAACGUUUAGCCUAUCGAAUUCAAGGUGAAACAUGUGGAGGUCCAGAUGUUUUUGUACCAUUAAAUAUAACAAACGUAUAUUCGAACAAUGAAGCGCAUUCAGUAAUGUCGGGUGUCAACAUUUUGCCAUCUGACAAAGGCUUUAUGUAUGAUCGAAUUCUCUGUAUACGAUUAGCUACGACACAUAUACCGUUGGCUAGUUACGUCAAUAUUAGCAAUUCAAUUGUGAUUGGUUCGAUGACACCACAAGAUUGUGAGGAUAGAAUAGAUCCGAAUUCCCCCAACAUUCGACUAUCACCGAUGGCAUUACCUAGAGUAUCAGAAAACUCAUCUUCAAUUGGCACUGGCGGCCGAUCGGGUAUAGUAUUUCCAACUAUGUCAAGGAAUAACUUCAUGCCUAUACGCAGUUGGACUGGAGUUGGCGUCUAUCCUGCCCUGAGUGGUUUAAUGAAGAUUACGAAUACUACUCUGGCAUUUUUCAACGAUACUUGUGAUCGACAUGAUGUAGCAAUUCAAGUCUCUCAGACGAAUGAUGAUGGACAGUUUCCGAUCACAACUAGUUCUAUGUUUGUCUAUAAUACAUCCCAAAGAAACCUUAUUUUCAAUGGUAAACCAAACUUAGGUGUUGUGAAUCCUAGCAGAUGUGGUGAUAUGGACUGUGAUGGCUUGAAAAAAAGUUUGCUCAUUGAUACUGAUGGUUCACUUUUUGGUCAACCAGCCAGUGUCUUUUCACAAUCUGAAGUUUUUUGGGGUAGCCAAGAGCAUGGCACCGGAGAUUUUCGUAUUCCACGAGAAGCACUUACCAAUCUAACUGGCCACAGAAUCAAUAUCAACUUGACUUAUCCGUAUCGAGGCAUCAGUCGUACUAAUUCUUGCUCUCUUGAAUCAUCAUGGGGAAUGUAUCGAUGUAAUUCAAGCGUUGACUAUCGUAUGCUAAUCAUUGAAAGUAUGGACGCAGAUACAGAAAAACGACGUCUUUCGCCUGUCGCUAUCAUGUCCGAUAGUGGUUAUAUUGAUUUGAUUAAUGGACCCGCAGAUCGAUCUGUUUGCAAUGGCUAUGCUUGUCGUAAACGAAUUUCAACAUUCAUGGCUCUUGUUCAGUCUGGACAGACCUAUCAAAUAUUUUUCUCGAGUACUCCACCCAAACAAACACGUUUUCGUUUGCUCAAUGCCGAUUCAUCAAUAAAAUGUGUAUUGGCUCUUCACUACCUUUCGGUUCAACAGCUUGAUGUCUACGCCAACACAAAUUACAUGCCACCGACCAAUCGAGAUCUUCGGGCUUCUGGUCUUAUGUUACUUGAUCGACCGAAUAAUGUCUCAUUAUCGUCGCCACCAGGAAGCAAUUAUUUCGAUAGAGCGUAUCAGAUGGCCUAUUUUACUAUUGAUGGUAAUACUGCGAUUGAUCUCAGAGUAUCACCAUUACUGAUUCUCUCGUUCGGCUUUCCACCAAUGGAUCCAGCAGCAUUUUUUUCCACCAAUCUGGUGAAUAAUCUAGCUGCUCUGUUGAAUAUCAAUCCGGACAAAAUUCGACGUGUUAAAAUUGUGUCAGCAGCGAAUACAACCCGUAUUCGUAGACAAGCUUCAUCGAGUUUCUCAAGCGUUCGAUUGGAAGUGGAAAUGCGCGAUGAACCACGUGCUAGUACUACAGCAGCAACUGGAAUUCGAGGAGAAAUUCUAUCAAAUAUUGCCUCUGCAAUUAUCAAUCGUUAUCAAAUGGGUGAAUUGCAAAUAGCAUGGUUCAAUCUUAAUUUAACGAACAGCAUGUCUCCAUCAAGUUUGAGAUCACAAGAACCAUUCGAUGACUUUGAAAGUGAAUUGAGUGUCAUCAGUCGACUUGUGCUAGUCACACCACCGAGUGAUUGUCGCCAGCAAAGCCCAUGUACAAUUCAGCCCGUACUUAUUGCAUACGAUGCACAAGGUAAUGUCAUUCAAAAGUUAGGUUCAAAUGAUCGACCAUGGCAAGUGCAAGCUAGCCUUGUGUCUCGGCCAACUUUACGUUUGAUGGGUGACAUAGCUAAUUAUACUAAUGGGCAAACACAAUUCACUCUAUUAGCUCUGCCAGAUAACGGUACUGAACAAGUACAAUUUGCUUUGCUUAUACCGGAUGGUGUUAACAGCUCAUUUUAUAUGACAAAAAAUCUGACGAUUCAAACUACUACUGUCAAUGUGUCGCAAGCAACGCUUGCUGGACGACAAGUGAGCAACAUCUAUGUUGUCGAUGUAAAUCAAACAUUUAGUGUAAGUGUAACACCAAUUGACAGUGUUACGCGAUUAAAACUUGCAGCAAUUCAAUGGAGUGGAUGGCAAUGGUAUGCCAAUGUUAGUCUGUAUACUUUGCCACAAUUUAAUCGUCAAGGGGUGCUCACAAGGAAUAAUUUAUCAAGAACUAUAGUCAACGUCGCAGCAGGUACUGUAACUGUCACCAAUUUGACAAUCAAUGAUACUGGUAUGUAUGUGUUGAAAAUUCAACUGGUGUCUUCAAAUAAUGACCAUAACGUUAUGGUGCCAUCGAAUGGUAUCCUUGUUAAACAAGCUAAUAGUAGUGUUGUCGCUCUGUUAGACGUUGCAUUAAUCGCUACAGAUAUAUCAAACGCAGUUUCAAUGUUAUUACAGUAUCCUGAAGUCUUAUCUGAUUUAACAAUAACCUCCGUGAAUAUAAAUUCUCGUACAUAUGAGGUCGAAAAUCCUGAAGCAUCAACAUCUACGAAUAACAAGCAGAGUGAUAAUAAUAAUAAUAAUAAUGCAUUAAUUAUUCCUCUAGCAGUUUCUUUUGGUACUGUGGCGUUGCUUUCUAUCGGUGCCAUUGUCGCUUAUCAAGUACAUGCGAAAAUGAUCGCAAACCAGCGUAUAGGAUCAGAUGUAGAUCAACUUACAAGGCUUGAUCAAAGCACACCUACGCCUAGUGCACAGACGAACGUAGAAAAUUUUGACAAAAUCGAAUUUGGACCGAUUACGAAUAAUUCAUCAGGACCAAAUCAAGUUACUGUAACUCAUUUCAUUAAUCCUCAAGUUCCUAACACACAGACGCGGUUAUCCUCUCCGAUGGAAUUUCUUGUAUUCCGUUGA